UUAGUUUCUUUACUACCACAGCGACCAGCGUGCAACAAAAAACCACCAUGAAAUUCUUCGUCGCCCUCGUAUUGGCCUUCGUUGCCGUCUCCGCCUCUCCUCUGCCCCGUGACAAGCGGGCCGUCUUCUUCGCCGACUACCCGGCAGCCGCAGUUGCCUACGCCCCAGCCGCCUACCCUCACGCCUACGCCGCCACCGCCCUCUCCCCUGCUCCGGCCGCCGUGGUUGCCGCCGCCCCCGCCGCUGUCGGCGUCGUCGGCCGCUCCAGCAUCGUCCAAGCCUCACCCGGUGCUUACUCCGAGCUCACCCAUUUCUACUGAGCAAUUUACGCAGGUCCACCUUCACUUAGGAGAUGAUGGAUGUCCGCAUGGCGUUGAGUAGUUGGAGUCAAAACAUCAUUGCGUGUUUGUUAGUCUUUGUCAAAAAUUUGAGCCCAUAAUGAAUUUCUUAUGUGAACGUGGAAUGAAUAAAAUGAAGAGGAAAUUAUCUGAUAA